ACAGAGGGGCAGAGGGGCAGGGGCUGCGUCUCUCCCCCAUUAUUAUUAUCAUUAUUGUUGUUGUUGUUGUUGGUCCUGCCUCCCUCCCUCCCUCCUUUCCUGCUCCUCUUCCUCGCCAUGCAUCCCAGCGCUCCUCAGCCUUGCCAGGGGCCUCCCUCACCGGCGGCUGCCCCUCGAAGGGUGGCAUCACAGGAGGACUGAGGGCGCCCGGGAGAAGCGCAGCCAAGGAGCGGAGGAGGGCGGCGGGGGUCUCUUGGGGAGGCAGCGGCGGAGAGAGGGAGAGCGGGAAAGAGAGAGAGGCGAAGGAGAGCGCAGAGGCAGGCGAGGCGGGCAGGAUGCUGGCGCUGGAGCUGCUGGGCUUGGCCUGGCUGGCCGGGGUGGCGGUGGUGGGCCAGAACGAGACGGAGCCCAUCAUCCUGGAGGGCAAGUGCCUGGUGGUGUGCGAUUCCAACCCGGCCUCCGACCCGACGGGCACCGCGCUGGGCAUCUCCGUCCGCUCCGGCAGCGCCAAGGUGGCCUUCUCGGCCAUCCGCAGCACCAACCACGAGCCCUCGGAGAUGAGCAACCGGACCAUGAUCAUUUACUUCGACCAGGUACUCGUGAAUAUCGGGCUGAACUUUGACUCCGAACGGAGCACCUUCAUCGCCCCCCGAAAGGGGAUCUACAGCUUUAACUUUCACGUGGUGAAGGUGUACAACAGGCAAACCAUCCAGGUGAGCUUGAUGCUCAAUGGGUGGCCUGUGAUUUCUGCCUUUGCUGGGGACCAAGAUGUCACCCGAGAAGCUGCCAGCAAUGGAGUCUUGAUCCAGAUGGAGAAAGGAGACAGAGCCUAUUUAAAACUGGAGAGAGGAAACUUAAUGGGGGGAUGGAAAUAUUCCACCUUCUCUGGAUUUCUAGUAUUCCCUCUUUAAAUAACUUUGCCUGCUGGAUGAAGAAACCAAAAGGGGGGUGGAAAGUCUGAGGUUUGCUUUGCCAGCCCCUGAAUUGUAGCCAGAAAGACAGAGCUUUUGGACAGCAAGCUUCUGGAUUAUGUCUACGUAUUGCAGAAGUUAAACCCGUAUUUAGGUUUGUGUACAUUGCUUGGAAGAUCUUUGUUAACAGUGCAGCCAAACUGACAGAAGAUGCUUGAAUCCACCACACUUCGAUAACAUUUCUCCUUUUUUCCUUUGCAAACUGAAUUAUUUAUGUCUCCAUUUAAGUGAGUUAUUAUAACUAAUAUCUCUCCCCUCCCACCCCCCUACAGCUCCCCUUUGCCAAAGUGUAUGUUUUCUACUUUGCACUAUCCCUUUACAACCAAUCUGGUUUGAUUUUGACAUUAUAUAUAUAUUUUUACUCUUUCCCUGAGUUCGACUUUUUAAAAAGGUGUAUUUUUGAAUAUGUGGGUGCCAUGGUAAGAGAGGUGCAAUGCAAACCAUACUGUGUGCUAACAAGCAAACAGGAAAUAUAUAAAUAGAAAUAUAUAUAUAUAUACAUAUAUAUAUACAUCAACAUGAACUAUUAUAGCCAAGUCCUGAUUUUCAAUAUUUCUAUGUAAAUCUGAGUGAUUGUGGAACUUAACAGGCUGCUUUAUGUUUUGAUGCUUGUUUUUUCCCCUUUCUCUUGUAAUUGUGGCCCAACUUACGUGCCAGAAAGUAUACGGAACUUUUACUAAUUAA